AUGGAUUUAUUUAUUCUUUAUUUAUUCAGGAUCUCUUCCUCAGGGCUCCCCCUCGCUGUGUCUGCGGGGAGGGACAGAGACUGUCUACAGGCUGGGGACACCUGCUCCAGUGAUGACGCGUGCAGCCCUCGUCUGCGGACGCUGAGACAGUGUGUGGCGGGGGACGGCAGUGUGAAGCUGGGCCCUGGGGCCAGGAACCAGUGUGAGAACGCAGUCACGGCCCUGCUGUCCUCUCCACUGCACGGCUGCCAGUGUAAACGAGGCAUGAAGAGAGAGAAGAACUGCCUCAGUAUCUAUUGGAGCCUGCACCAGUCUGUCCUGCAUGGACUGAGCCUGGUGGAGAGUUACCCUUACGAACCCGAAGAGAGGGGCUUUGACUACGUACGCCUGGCCUCCAUCGCUGCAGGUGAGUCUGUUGGCAUAGCGACGGUGAACCGUUGUCUGGACGCGGCGAAGGCGUGUAACGUGGACGAGACGUGUCAGAAGCUCCGUACGGAAUACGUCUCGGCCUGCAUCCAGCCGUCGGCCCGCUCAGGCCCCUGUAACAGAGCCAGGUGUGACAAGGCUCUCAGGAAGUUCUUCGACCGGGUCCCUCCUGACUACACCCACCAGCUGCUGUUCUGCCCCUGCACAGACACGGCGUGCACUGAGAGACGGAGACAGACCAUCGUACCAGCCUGCUCCUAUGAAGACAAAGACCAACCCAACUGUCUGGCUGCACUGCGACUCUGCAAGGCUGACUACGUCUGCAGGUCCCGCUGGGCCCAGUUCCAGUACGACUGUCAGCCCUCAGAACACUUUGCCAGUGGCUGCAAACAGGACAACUACGCAGCCUGCCUCCUGUCCUACACUGGCCUCAUGGGCAGUACGAUAACCCCUAACUACCUUGAUAACUCAACGUCUAACGUGGGUCCGUGGUGCUCCUGCUCGGCCUCCGGGAACCACCGGGAACAGUGUGAUGGCUUCCUGGAAUAUUUUCAUGAUAAUGUCUGCCUGAAGAAAGCCAUGAUGGCGUUUGGGAACGAGACAGACAAGCAGUCCUCCAUCGGAGCAGCCAACCAACCAGACACGCCCAGCCCCACUCUCACUACCCCCAACAACCACAUCCAGCGCCCGGCAACCCCCGUCCCUGGUAUCACCAUGGAAACAAAACAGAAUGUCCUGAGAGAACAGAUACCCACUCAGGUGAAUGAAAACGAUAGACUGUGGGGUGAUGAUGGUGAAGACUCCACCCUGCUGUCUCCCGGGCUGUUGGACCAUGGAGCUCCUCCCCUCCUCCUGUCUACAGCGGGCUGGACCCUUCCACUGGGCCUCUCCCUGCUGCUGCUGCUCGGAUACCAGUAG